AUGUUUUUCGCCAUCCGUGUCGUGCAAGGUCGCAAGAAGUGGGACAUAAAGGUACGCAUACGUCAUCUAUACAGACACUUUUAGGCUCCACUGAUGUAUCACCCAACCAACGAAGAAUUUAACUGCAUUCAACGGGCACACCAAAACUAGUAGUGUUUAGUUUGUAUCUUAGAUUUAUUGUAGUCUCGAAACCUUGCCAUUUUUCCUUAUGGGUCUCUUUGUUGGCGGUCUUCGAUGCCCCGUAAGCGUUUUCCCCACUAAAGCCUCAUCCUUUAGGUGGGCGCCGCAGUUGGUGGUUCCAUUUACCUAUUAGGAAGAUUGGUCUACUAUCUUGGGUAUACAAGUGGGGGUAAGUUGUCUUUCAAACAGUUCCGUUUUGUCCUUUCGUGUCUAUCUUUCGUGCCUUGACUCCUGCCGCGCAUCGCAGCUUGGCGACAGCAGGUGGUCGGUAGUUUACAGCUGAGCUAUUAGAAGUUUAACACGACCGUAGAAAUUUUCACCUUAUGCGUUUUAGUAAGGGUAUUUGAUCUGGGAUGGCUGUGGUCGUACCCGAUCUAGCCGACAUCAGUUCAAUACAGAAUAUUGGCGAUAACUUGACCUCGAGGGCGUUGCGGACUGCAUCUGCAUACGUGAUCUGCACCGGCCGAUCUGCAGAACCGCAGCUACUUUGUCAACAGAGGGACUUGAUACCGAAGGUUCAGGAAACACCUACUGUUUGAGUGGACCCUGUUGAACCAGGCUCUAUGGUCACCCUCUAUUCGCCACCUUCAGGUGUGUAAGUACCCUGGGUCAAAGAAAGUGACACUUAACUUAUGGAGCGUGCAGUGAGAGACUAACCCAAGCCACCUCAAUCGUUUUCCUGUGAUGUCUGAAGAUAUCCCCGUGACGUUUCAGUGCGUGCGGACAUUUUCACUCGAGAGGAAGUUGAUGUACAUCACUCGAAGUAUGAUCAUCAGGUAAAGGUAUUUAACAAUCCCCGAUUUGCGCUUGCCUUCAGGAUACUCAGUUGAGCAUUAAAAACCGUACCUAUGAGCUGGGCUAACGGAUGUCCUGUACCGAUGGAUCUUUUGACGACAUGGAUAUUGCUACUCGUCCACAGACACAUUCUAAGACUUUCCAGAAGUCGGAGAACAGCAUCGGUUAGAGGAACCCGUCUUCCUUGUCCUCAGCGUCUGGAGGCAACUUCUCCGAAAUAUUUGAGGCUCCACUUUUUCACGUUGAUAACCAUUAAUACUGAGCGGUACCCCCUGGUCAGUAAUGCAGGUCGGGAACGCUGCAUGUCCUUGUGCCCCUGGGUAGGUCGCCAUAUCCAGCGAUCGCGUUCAUCCUCGACAUUUUAUUCUGUAGAUCAUAGCAGGCUGGUGCAAUAGCGAUACUAUCCUGAAUGCAGCCCGAAAAUGCUGCUAUUCCUAGUGCUUGUGCAUGCGUCAAACCAUUUAGCGGUCUUAUUCACCCUCAAAAGCACAUCCUGCAGAUCGUAAUAGUCUGGUGCAAUGAGGACUAUCGCCAGUAUAGUUGAGGUCAGGCAGCUGGCGCCCGGAUGCAAGUCGAUUAUGGCCAAGAUUGCGUUGAACCCUCGCAGGAGCCAAGUUAAUGACGCAGUCGAAUUUGACGGGCGAUCGGUCGCGACCUUAUUGAAUUACAGGCUGAAUAUCAAACGGUUGUGGUUGUUAGUGUUCAGAACUUCGGGCAUACCGCCUAGGCCUAUCAUUUGUCUCAGAGACUUGCAACGGGGGGAUUUAACGCUGCUGCGAAAUCAUCAAGGCAGUUGACCGUUACUGAUUGUUAUCCAUGACGGAGUUUAGAAAGGCGCUGUAGUGCGUGUACUUUGUGGGUGACUAUAUUUAGCUGAAAUUUCGGUAGGGCUGGGUCUCGUUCUUGAACCAUGCACGCCAGGAAUGACAGUAGCGAAGAUCUUUACAACAGUGCCAGUAUAACUUAUAGCAUGAUAGUUUUGGAAUCUCGCCUCAUUUGCCUUCUCGGCGACCGACCAUGAUGCCCGAGCUCCAAUCAUCGGGAACGGUGUCAUUCCGCCACGCCCAACUACCUAAUGGGAACAGGCUUUCGAACCCAGCCAUGUAGACAUAAGCUGGGAUGUUACCCACUCCUGACGCUCUUUUUUGAAGCUCCACUAUUGCUUCCAUAGAAAGGAAGGUCACACUACACUGCAUAAUCUGGAGGGGGAUAAAACUACCACCGGAGGAAAAUGGUGGUGGCUUGGUCAUCAAAUUAGGAGGGGCACUCGAAGGGAUCGCGCCAACGUCCUACCUUGGUCGAGUUUUAGAUAAUAAAGUCGCCAUUCAUUUCUGAAACAGUCUGUGUGGCUUACCUACAACUAACUUACUGAGAAAUUUUGUGGCUUUUGAGUGUAACUCUACGGAAGUCGCUACUUCAGCUCAAAAAAUUCCGCCGUCAUGUUUCGCAGUUGGUUGGACGAAUGAUCGUUGCGGGACCUAAAUCGAGCCACCUGAACUCCAUCGAUUCUCCAUUGUUGCGUCGCCAAACAAAUCUGGAAUUUUUUCAGCUGCCUUGUGGACCGAGGACUUCACGUAUAGUCAUUUGCCUUUGUCUUCUCCUUGAACGAUACCGUGUUUCUAUGCUCAUGACCUCUGUUGUAUUGGGUCGCAGCAAUUCUGCGUCAUCAAGGCGUUUUGUAAAAAACUUUGCGCCUGCUUAGUUCUCAGUCGACCUCUGUUGAAAGCCAUCUUCCGUCAACGCACUGGCUGGCGAACAGUCAGUUUAACAGGCGGUUAACUUAGAGACCAGAAUAGUGCGCUUAUCACUAGAAUACUUUCUAAGAGCAUUUUGUGUAAAACGAAAACGUAACGCUGUAAGAAACUCGACGGGAACCCACUGCAUGCGCAUCAACUGAGACGAACGAAGAUUAUUGCCUGCUGCGCCUAUUCUGUUCCGUCACAGGUAGCCUGAUCUCUGUUUUCUCCACAGAUCCGAAGAAACGAUGCAGAGGUGCAUUCGGCUUCUUAGCACUGGCCCUUCUUAUGUUGAAUGUGUCAAUCACUGGCGUUCAACAUCUCGUUGCAAGCAUUCGGUAA